AUGGCAAGCUCUUCUGCUCUUGUGGUUGGAGAUGAAAUACAGAUUGAGCCUAUUCUACCAGAGUGGUGGAUCUCAAUGACUAGGAAUGGAGAAGAACAAGGAACCUGUCAAUCUUCUAUAUAUAAGCUACAGAGGGUUCCCAUGACUUUGAGAGAGAUUGAGAAAAACAAAGGAUGCUAUGAUCCAAUUGUGGUUUCCAUUGGUCCAUUUCACCAUAGGCAUCCCAAGCUUCAAUCAUUGGAGAAGCUCAAGGCUACAAUUGCACAGAAGUUCAUCUCAGGCCGAGACACCAGAAAAUUCUACUUCAAUUUUGUUGUGGUAAGCCACAAAGCAAGGGACUGUUAUGCUGAAGGUUCAAUUGAUGCAUUCAAAGAUGAUGAAUUUAUGCGCAUGAUGUUCCUGGAUGGUUGUUUUCUUCUCUAUUUUAUUGAUUGUGCGGUGAAAGGCAGGCUCCAGGAUAUGAAGAUGAAAGAUGACCAGAUAGCUUUUGUGUUAAGGGACAUGUUCUUGCUAGAGAAUCAAAUUCCAUUUCUAGUCCUCCAGGCAUUGAUGAGCUUUCGCUUAACUGAAGGGCAACAAAUGAUCCGAAAAUUCAUCGGGAGGCUAUCUGGGGCCAACUCUUCUUCGCAGGAAUACGAUCAUCCUCCUCAUCUCCUCCACCUAGUCUGGAAUGAAUUUGUUGGUGCUACACCUUCGCCGAAGAUAUUUCUAUUUACACAGAAAGAGCACCAUUUAUUUCACCCAUUCAGAUCAAUCCAAGAGCUUCGAGCUGCCGGGAUAGUGUGCAAGAGAAGUACUAGUUCAAGCUUAAGAAGUGUAAAUUUUGUACCUCAACUCAUCCAUGGUGAGCUUUUACUUCCUGCAGUUGUGGUUGAUCAAUCAACUAAGACCAUGUUUUUAAAUCUGGUAGCUUAUGAAGCAUGCCCUGAUGCUUCUAGUGACUUUGCCAUCACCUCCUACAUCUGUCUCCUGGAGUCACUUAUUGCGAAUGCUGAUGAUGUGAAAGAGCUGAGAUCAAAGAACAUAAUCUUUAACUUCCUUGGAGGUGACCAAGAAGUGGCUGAUCUCUUCCACGAUUUGACGGCCAACUUGGUACCAAAUCUUAGUGAAUACCGGGAAGUUACACUCCAUAUUGAAAAUCACUACAGAAGGAAGAUGAACUUUGUGCCUGUGAUGUUAUAUAAAUUCCAUAAGAGUUUCAGGGGCCAAUGGACCCUUUUUGUAUACAUCACAACGAUCAUGAUCAUGCUAAUAUUCAUUGUUCAGACAUAUUUCUCUGUCUUCCAAUAA